CCCUCUCCCGCGUCUCUCCGGACCGUGUCAGCUGCUCCGCCACAGCGCAAAACCCUAAUCGCUUCCGGUUCGAUGGAUCGGCCGAUCAACCGCCGCCUCCGCCACCGCCUCCUCCCAUGUCCGCGCCGCUCGAUUUCACAAAUGGCUCUCCCUAGCGUUGCCGAAUAGAGUCCCGGAUCCCUAUUUUUCUUGAGAGAGAGAGAGAUAGAGAUGGAGGAGGCGAAAUCGUCGGCGCACCACCAGCAACAGCAGCAGCAGCAGCAGCAGCAACUGCUGAUGCAGCACCACCAGCAGCAGCAGCAGCAACAGCAACAGCAGCAGCAGCAACAGCAGCAGCAGUUCCUGCUCCUCCAGCAGAUGCAGAUGCAGAAGCAGCAACAGAAGCAGCAGCAGCAGGCGGCCGCCAUGUCGCGGUUCCCGUCCAACAUCGACGUACACCUCCGCCCUCCGGGGCUCCCCCACCGCCCGAUCCAGCAGAACCCUAGCGUCUCCGCCCCUAAUUUGCAGCAGCAACAGCAGCAGCAGCAACAGCAGCAGCAGCAGCAGCAACAGCAGCAGCAGCAACAGCAGCAGCAGCAGCAGCAACAGCAACAGCAGCAGCAGCAACAGCAGCAGCAAUUGCAGCAGCAGCAGAAAGUGAUUCGACCGGGGAAUCAGGUGGAAUUGCAGAUGGCGUACCAGGACGCCUGGCGAGUUUGUCACCCGGACUUCAAGCGCCCCUUCUCUUCUCUGGAGGACGCCUGCGAGAGGUUACUGCCUUACCAUGUGAUAGCAGAUUAUGAGGCCGAGGAAGACGAUAGAAUCCUUGAUUCUGACACAACAGGUCAGAUGCCUUCUCGUUCUCAGCAAUGGGAUCAUAACAUUGCUGCCAAAGUAGCGGAGUUCACUUCGACAUUUGAGAAACAGGCCCUUGCUUUCAACAUAAUAACUCGGAAGCGAGCUUUUGGAGAGUUCCGCUCCGAGGAGAGGUUGAUGAUUGAGCAGUUUCUGUUUCAAGAGGAAAAACGGGUGGCGCUGGAAUUGAGGGCCGAAAUCGAGUCGAGAGAGAAAGCUGGGAGGGAGGCUCAGUUGCGCAUGGCGGCGAUGGCGCAGGCAGAGCAAGCUAGAGUUGGGUCGCAGGCUCACGUGGAAAUGAUGGCUCGAGGCCCUAUAAGGGCAAAUGCUCGCGGAUCUCAAGACAACGAUAUUCCCAUGAAUCACGACUUGGAGGAGCAGGAAAAGGGCGUUAACCCGGAUGACAUGAUGAAUGGGUGGGCAAACAAUGGACAGAAAGAAGAUAAGGAACCAUCCGAAGAUUUCUUAAACGAUGAAGAGACCGAAAAUGGUGAAACGGGUGUGCAGAGCGAUUGGCGUGAAGCUGGCGAAUUCGAUUUAAAUGCUAGAUAAACGUGGAUGAGAAGGAGAUCAUGCUGUAGCAUUCUUUUGAUGAUAUGAUGUAUUUUCGCCAGAAGAAUGCCUUGGUUGAACAGGGAGGAAUGCCUUCGUUUUGCAUCUCUCAAGCUCAUGUUUCCAUCUGUUCGAUGGUUGUGGGUCGUUUUCUUC